AUGUGUGGAUCCAAACGGCGAAGAUCUUGUUGCCCUAAGAAGGAAGGUGGUGAGUUGGUGACAGAGAAGCUGGAAAGGAUUUUUGAGUGGAGCACAUUUAGAGGACCUACAAAUCCUAGCCGACGCCUCACAGAUGUUAGUUUACAAUUCAUAGGUCAUUUUUCUCAGCUUCACCUUGCCGCACAUCGUCUUGGAGCGGCCCUUCCACAGCCGUCUAAUGCCAAGCCCCAAGCUCCUGAAAUUGUAGAACUCGCACCUUAUCGCCGUGAGGGAAAAAUAGGAUUAUUUGGGGGAGCUGGGGUUGGUAAAACGAUACUCAUUGUGGAAUUGAUUAACAAUAUUGCCAAAGCACAUGGGGGCGUAUCUGUAUUUGGGGGAGUGGGUGAACGUACUCGUGAAGGAAAUGAUCUUUACAAGGAAAUGAAAGAAUUCGGGGUGAUUAAUGAAGAAAAUAUUGAAGACUUUGAGGACAAAGACGCCUGUGAACAAGCAUACUCUAAGCACACUCCUCGGAUUAUUGAGAGCAUAUCGGAGGCCAUGAGAGGCUAG